CGGUUUCCCUUUUCUCAACGUCCCUUCUCCCACGCGCACUCUCAUGUCGACCCCCCUCGACAUUACGGUAGUCAACAGCGUGCAUCCUGCGCCUAGCGGCAAUGGUGCGCCCGUGAAUGGCAAUCCGCUCGAUGCAGCCACCGACGCGCCGCCGCCGCACUGGUUCACCUUUCCGCCGUUUCCCGCUCCCCCUCCGGGUGUGACAGUCACGCCGUUCAAGACGUUCAAGCCGUCGGGCAUCGUGGUCGUGCAGAAUCCGCCGCCAGACUACAUCGAGCGCGAUGGGCUGGGCAUCCCGACCGUGCCGUUGCGCGUGAAGCACAGCCUUACGGAAGGCGAGCAGCGCAAGAAGAAACGGAACAAGACGGUCACGCGUCCGGAUGGCACGGUGCGACGCGCGACGUGGUGGGAGGAGUGGGAGACGGGCGAGGACGCGAGGAAGAUGACGGCGCUGGUUAACCCCUCGGAUUCACGCGUCGAUCGCCUGCAUCAGGCGUCGCAGGACUUCAAAUCGUGCCGUCCAUGGCCUGCACUUCCCUCGGUAGUCCCGCAGCUCUGGGAUGCGUUUCGUCUGUAUGUCGGGAUCAUCAGCAGCGUCAAUCCACCCGUUUCGCGUAAAACUCUACAGACGAUGCAGGCGCAGAAUGUUUCGGACGACGAUGACGACGACGACGAAGAUGCAGAUGAUCCCAAGGUGAAGGAGUCGCAAGCGGCCGUAACAGAUGAAGAGAAGGAGCGUGCACAUGAGCUUGGAGACAAUUUUCUCGAGGCGAAGGAUCUGCAUAUGGACAACUUCUUGAACGACACGGAGAAGAACAUCAAGAUAUUCUUCUCGUCUCACUUCCGCGACAAAGGCCUUAUAUGGUCUGAGCAGCGCGUACGCGAGGGACCCAUCCUCAUCGGCUUCUUCCUCGGGUUCCUCCUUCGAAACCGUGUUUUUCCGGAACCUGAGCAGGAGAAAGGCCUCCGACGCGCUCUACAGGUCAUACAACUCGCUCGUAAGGAGCUUCCGGCCACGUUCAUUAUCGGCAAAGCCUUGCCCGACAGUCUCGGCGUGGGCUGCGAGAAACUCUUCGGAAGUAUGGCGGAGAUCGCGUGCAUCAACAUUGACUUCGGGGACAAUACUCAGGCGGACGUCACUGAAGAUCAAGAGGAUGAAGGCGAGCCCGAGACCAAGAGACGCAAAGUCGAGGAGAAGGAGGAAGAUCGUGCAUUGAAGGAGGCCAUCGGCGAGGUAGACGCAGAAGUCAUCACUCCCGAAGUCAUCGAGAGCCUCGGAAAGGCCGUGCAGCAAGAACGCGAGGCAGCCGAUGCCGACAGCGAUGGAACGGGCGCCUUAGCCUGGGGCAACGCCUCCGCCGACAGCGGCUGGGGCACGGGAGGAUGGGGUGCUGGGAACGCGAGCUCAGAGCCUCCCGACCCCUGGGCUCAGCCGGGUAGCACCUGGGAGAUCAUCAUCGAGCCGAACCCGAUUAUGGCCUUCCUUGGCCCGACGAUCUUUCCACUGACGCAUACAACGGGCGUAGCAGAGCGCUCCACGCGGCGCAUCCUAUCACUCAUCCCUGUACAGGCCGCAUCUCCCGCUCCUGGCAAGGCAGCAAGGAAGAAGGCCAAACAGCGUGCGGGAGGCAUGUCGGACGCGGAGAAGGUGGAGGAGGAGUUGUGCGCGCGAUUGGUGAGGGCGACGCUCGCGCCGUGGGGCGACUGGGAGCGGCACACGGGGUCGGACAUUAUGCGGCCUAGCGUGUUGUCACGAUCGCGCGGCCCAUUCAUCACGGAGGCGGACCAGAGCGAGGACAAGAUGGACAGCGAGAAUGGUGCCAAGCCUCACGACCCGUUCAAGGACGAGAUCACAGUAUUGUUCGAGCCGGCGGUGGCGGAGAAGCUCAUCAUCGGCAUGGGCCUUGCCGGGACGUGGGUGCAGCUCGCUCGUCAAGACCUCAGCGCUGGAUCCUGGACGGACAAAAAUGCUGCGGGGAAGCAGCAAAGAGACGAGAAGGGUGAGUUUGGGGUGCCCACCAAAUUGUGGUACAUGGAGCACCUGGCCUCCAUCAUACCGAGCUACCAUACCGAGCCAUGAUUUUGUUACGUUGUUCAGCUGAUGUGAACCGUCUCUGCUGCUUAUGACGCCUCGCGCCGUCGUGCUCUGUUUCUGAUCAUCAAAAUGUACCAAUACUGCUGUAUAUCGACAAUGUGCUGUAUCGUGCCUUCCCAAUCAAAAUCUGACCGUUUGAAAUGUCGUGACGGUCUAACGGAUGCUUACCAGCGUCCAUGUUCGGCGCCCGGCUGAACGGAGACUACAUUAUUACACUUUCUUCUUCCCCUAAC